CCAAAAGUGAGAUAGAAAAGGGAAUUAUAGGAUGGGAUCGAAAGCAGGAGCAGCACCGCCGUACCCAAGUGCCGCUAGAAUAUCAGAUUCUCCGUGCUACUCUCAAUACACUGCCUCUCUUAAAUGUUUGGAAGAGUUUAGCUCAGAUAAGAGUAAAUGUCAAGAGCAUUUUGACGUUUACAAGGAAUGCAAAAAGAAAGAGAGGGAAGCUCGGCUAGAACGCAACAAGAGCAGAUCCCUCUUUUCAUGAGCGUAGUUAUGGAGAUCUCCUCACAUUUUGUUGGUAAAGAUUCAAAUUCUGGUUUGAUAGUGAGUAGAGUACAAUUACUAUUUUUUUCCUCUGGAACGUGUAAUCCAUUGAUUCUACAAAUUACAGAAAUGAAGUUUAGUAGGCAUGGGAGGUGUAUUAUUUCUCUCUUCCUAUUAUGUGUUGCACUGCAUAUGCUCCGACUUAUGGAAAAGUAACUUUUCUGCUUCAA